CCAACUCCUUGACUCCAUCGUUUCCAUCGCCGCUUCGCCGUCCUUAUCAAAUUCUCGAGCAGUUUGCUGUUUGCUUGAGUUCUCUUUUGCACGAUUGUUGUUAUGUCAAUGCAACUGUCGUGAUAGUAACGUUUUAUAACUAGUAAGAAGUUGAAAAUCCGGUAUACCUUACUGCUUCCUAUCUGAAGAAGAAACAAUGAGCAGCGAGCAUGAUGAAAUCAGGCAGCAAGUCGUUGAGCUUGAAGAUGGAGACGAAUCCAGCAACGCUGCUCCGGAUGAGGACUGUUCCAUCGCAAAUGCACGUGGAUCUAUUACGAAGACCGAAUUCAAAUGGAAUGAAAAAUCCGUCAGAGUCCUCUUAAUGUUGAGAUUUCAACGGGAUGAAGAGUUCAACCGACCGUCUUGUAGAAAAAUUAAGUUGUGGGAACAAGUUGCUAAAGAAAUGCAAAAUAAUGGAUUCAUUGUCAAUGGUCAUUCAUGUGAUAGUAAAUAUAGAAACCUAUUAGCCACUUACCGAAAGAAUAAAAUCAAGCAGCAGACAAGUGAUGAGUCCGUCGUCAUUUCAUGGGAGUUUUUUGAAUUUAUGGACGAACAUUUGGGCCCCAAAUUUGAUGAAACAUCUGAAUCUUUUGAGUAUGCCAUUCAAGCUACUCCCUCAGCAGUCGAAUCUGACUAUGAAGGAAGAUAUUUUUUAACUUCAGCAACCCCAUCUAAAAAACCGCGACUCAACAGUGUGCAAUACACCUCAGUGGAAGACGAAAGGAAGAUGUCCAUUCAAGAGUAUUUCUUUGAAAAGCUCCAGUUUGACAAGACUUGUUACAAGGAUGACCAGAGAAGAAAAAAUCGGAGAAUUGAACUUCAGGAGAGAAAAAUCAAGAUUGCAGAGAAACAACUUGAGUUGGAAAUUAAGAAAGUUGAAGCUUUAACAGCUCUAGCAAGUGCUAUUUCCAAUCUGAAGACUAUCGUUCCUUAAGUAGUUCCUUCCUUUUUGUCAACAUAUCUUGGUUUAUUUUUCUUUUUUUCCCUAAUUUUUUUUUAUUUUAUUGUUUUUUUAUUUUUAUUUAUUUUUUCUUUUGUUGUAAAACUUUCUCUUUUCUUGCAAAAAUGUUGUUCUUUUAUAAGUAAAGAUUUGAAGGUUUAAAAGAUGGGAAAGAAAAUCAAAUAUCUUUCACAAAGCACGUAAAUAUCAAGAAAAUUGCCUGUAGAGAUCUCUUAAAAUUUGAAGUUGAAUGGCUCAUUGUUCACGCCGAAAACUGGCGGUAGGAGAUAUGGAAGAAUCCAUAUUUAUUUUCAACGGUCAUACCUCGCUAUAAGGACAAGUUUUGAUUAACCUAUAUGUGGUUUGUAAGUUACGUCUGUUAGUACUAAUUUUUUCCUCUGCUUUGUCAACAUCCAAAAUCAUGUUUUGAAUAUGUAUUAAUAUAUAUGUAAAUACCGAAAUUCAUGUCUUGAAUAUGUAUUAAUAUACAUGUAAAUACCGAAA